GGCGGGCUAUUUCUCAGUGCGGCGGCGGCGGCGUCGGCUCGGGGGACCGGGGCCUUUUGUUUGGAGCGGCUGCGGGGGGCGGCCCCGGAGCGGCGAGGCCGGCGGCCUUCCCCAGCUCGCUCGGUCCCGGCACACCCUCGCGGGGGUGGGGAGGCCGCCCCCUGGGCCGGGCCUCGCCUCAGGCGCCGCCGCCCCGCCCUAGGCCCGCCCCGCCCGGCCUGAGGGGAGGAACCGGCUGGGCCUUCCCGCGCGGCCCAGGCACCUCCGGAGUCGCAGCCACUACCUUGCGUGGUCCGGACCCGCAGCUGCCCCUGGUUCCUUCCGCAGACGCCAUGAAGAUCAAGGAUGCCAAGAAACCCUCUUUCCCCUGGUUUGGCAUGGACAUUGGGGGGACUCUAGUAAAGCUCUCAUAUUUUGAACCUAUUGAUAUCACAGCAGAGGAAGAACAAGAAGAAGUUGAGAGCUUAAAAAGUAUCCGGAAAUAUUUGACUUCUAAUGUAGCAUAUGGAUCCACUGGUAUUCGGGAUGUACACCUUGAACUGAAGGAUUUAACACUUUUUGGGCGAAGAGGGAACUUGCACUUUAUCAGAUUUCCAACCCACGACCUGCCUACUUUUAUUCAAAUGGGAAGAGAUAAAAACUUCUCAACAUUACACACGGUGCUAUGUGCUACAGGAGGUGGUGCUUACAAGUUUGAAGAAGAUUUUCGCACAAUUGGAAACCUCCACCUGCACAAACUGGAUGAACUUGACUGCCUUGUAAAGGGCUUGCUGUAUAUAGAUUCUGUCAGUUUCAAUGGACAAGCAGAGUGCUAUUAUUUUGCUAAUGCCUCAGAACCUGAGCGAUGCCAAAAGAUGCCUUUUAACCUGGAUGAUCCCUAUCCACUGCUGAUAGUGAACAUUGGUUCAGGAGUCAGUAUUUUAGCAGUCCAUUCCAAAGACAACUAUAAACGAGUAACCGGGACAAGCCUUGGAGGGGGUACCUUUCUGGGUUUAUGCUGUUUAUUGACUGGCUGUGAAAGUUUUGAAGAGGCUCUUGAAAUGGCAUCCAAGGGUGACAGCACCCAAGCUGACAAGCUGGUCCGUGAUAUUUACGGAGGAGAUUAUGAAAGAUUUGGUCUGCCAGGUUGGGCUGUAGCAUCUAGUUUUGGGAAUAUGAUUUAUAAGGAGAAACGAGAAUCUGUUAGUAAAGAAGAUCUAGCAAGAGCUACUUUAGUUACUAUCACCAAUAACAUUGGUUCUGUGGCACGAAUGUGUGCUGUUAAUGAGAAAAUAAACCGAGUUGUCUUUGUUGGGAACUUUUUACGUGUCAAUACUCUCUCAAUGAAACUUUUGGCAUAUGCACUGGAUUAUUGGUCAAAAGGUCAACUGAAAGCAUUGUUUCUAGAGCAUGAGGGAUACUUUGGAGCAGUUGGUGCACUUCUUGGGCUGCCAAAUUUCAGCUAAAAAGCAUCAGGUUUUUCUCUGCUAAUAAAUGUCAUCCAUGAGGAACUGAAAACCAGAGGCAUUAUUACUGCAUUAUUGUCACUGGGAACCAAAGGAUAACAGAGUAGCACUAUUCCUGUUGAUUUUUAAAUGUCACAGUGGUAAGCUGCUAAAAGUUGCCAUAUUAAAAGAGGGAGCUCGGUAACAUGUGAAGUAUUUCCAAUUGAAAUGCUUUCCCUUCUGUAUAUAUCCAGUGUUAAAUCCUUAAAAUGCAAUACAGCCUCUGAUUAUUGAGCUUCCUCUCAGAAGAUUUUCUAUUUAUUUUAUGUAGCCAACUAUUGCAGUACUGUAUGCUCAAACACAAAUCUUAAAGUCUCUGAAAUGUUUAGCUCCUGAAGAUAAUUGGAUCUGGAUAUUUGUUGCAAGUGCGUUCUGUGUGUCUUGGUUACUAGUUAAGUGGGCAGUAACAUACCCUGUAUCAAACUUAUUGAAAUGGCUAUCAAAGAUGAUCGUUUUGACGUGAUUUUAUAAAUGUUAAGGCAAUAUGAAUUAUUCGUGAUUAUAGUUUUUUCAACAUUUCUCCCACCAAAAAAGCAUGUUUAUGUGAUUUUUUUCCCAGAAUUACAAGCUUUUUCAAAUGCCAUAAUUGAAAUACUAUUGUUAAAUACUAGCCUGAAUUUUUAAGAUGAAUCCUAGAAAAUCACAUAAUUGGUGAUAAUUGCACUUUCUGUAUUUUAUGUUAAUCAUUAUAUUUAAAAAAAUGUUUUGUAUUUUAUAGAGACUUAAUUACUUACUUGAAAAUCCAUUUAAUGAGGUCCCAGGACUACACUAAUAGAAUAUGGUUUGUGUGCAUUGAUAGAGACCUGUGCUCUUUCUAUACCACGUUUAUCUCCGGCCUGAAUAUAGUCAUUUGUUUAAUUAGGUCUGCAGCUUCAAAGCUAGAGACUAAUCUAUUAUGAACAGCAACAAAAUCACAUUUAUUCUAAAGAGAUGUCAUGGAAAUCUAAAAGAUGAGUUUUGAAACUGUAGGGGUCUGAGGCAGUAUUGCAGAAUUUAGAAAAGGAUCAGUAUUUUGUACAUUCUGGUAAUAAAGACAUUAUAGUUCCAAAUUUGUAAAUCCUUUUCCCUUGGAAUUUGUUCUCUAUUUUGAAGUCAUUUUUUAUAAUGUUAUUUUUUCAGAUACUUAUUUUGGCAGUAACAUUUUUGGAGGUCCAGUAGUUCAGCAAAGUUGUUCAAGCCUGUUAAUUAAUUGGUUUAAGAAAUAGACUAGGGGAAAAUAUUCACUUCCUUAAAUUACCAGUAAAUGUAGAUAUACUUUGAAGAGCUUAAAAACUGUUUACAUUAUAGGAAGAAAGAAGUAUUAAUAUGUUUUUACGGAACAUAAUUUUGCUCCAUAAGGAACAAUUUGCAGUAGGGAUGCUUGAUAAAGACAUUUCUCCUUACAGUUCUCAAGUUUUGUGCUCAAAUAUUUAAAAUUCAGUUUUACUUAAUCUUAAAGACAUGAACAUACGAAAAAUAGGAGUGAAUAUUCAGAGGGAAAAGCAUGUAAGGUAAUUUUUUAGAAUUUAGAAUAUUUGGAACUUUGUUGAGUCAGUAAGUCACUUUGAAAACCUACAAUGACUAAAUGUUUCUUUAUGUUUCCAUUGUUAUGGCAAGAUAUUUCUGUCACUACAAAAAGCCAUGUGUCCAAUUUAUUUUAGAAAUUUUGUGAUUUGGACAUCUGUACAAAAAGUUCUUAAAUGAUAAUUUCAAGUUUAUGGCAAACUAUUAGCUAUAGAUCUGGGGCUGUCUUUAAGAAAGAAAUGGAAUGGUCAGAGUCCAUGUAAAUUAAUUUGAUCAGUGUUUUGGUUAAUUUGGGACUGUGAUUCAUACUUUUUGUCCUUUGAAACUGAAGUUACCAAAUACAAAAAAAAAUGCAUAUACAGUAAACAACCAUUUCACCACUGUUGCUCUUGGCUAUUCUCAUGUAUAAUCAAGAAUUACUGGAGCAAUAAGCAUGAACACAAAGUUGUGAUAAAGACUGCCAAGAUACUAGUUUUUUAUUACAAUCUUACAAAAUUCUUUAUAAGCAUACAGUGGUAAAUAGGUUUAGCUCUUAGCCCGAUCAGCAUAAUGCCUCAAAGCUCUAUUUCUAUUAGACUGUACAAUUUAAGAACAUGAAGUGUAAGCCAUACAUAAUUUUACAUUUUCUAGUAGGCAUAUUUAAAAAGUAAAAAGAAACCAGUGAAAAUCAUUUCUAUUUAACCCAGUAUACCUGGUAUGUCACCAUUUCAACAUAUAAUCACUAUAAAAUGUUAUUUAGGAGAUAAUGUAUUAUUUUUUAACUUUGUCUUUAAAACCAGUAUAUAUUUAUACUUAGGGCACACUUCAGUGUAGGCUAACCACAUUCCAAGUUCUCAAGCCACAUUUGGAUAGUGGCUUCUGUACUAAACAGUGCAGUUCCAAAACUAGCUCUUAAAAAAAUAACACUAUCAUGUAUCCAUUAAAACUUUAUGAAUAAAGGCUUUUUAAAGAAUGUUUGAGAGAGGAUAUGGGAAAUACUUUUUUAUGGAAAAAAAUAUGGGAACUUUUUUUUUUUUUAAAUACAGAAGGAGGUUAAGAAAGUAGCUCAUUUGGGUUAGUAUAUUUUACAGACUAGCUGUAUUUCUGACCAAUCCAAAAACAUCUUAAAUUGGAUCCUGCCAUUUCAUCAUACUGUAUUAUCAUUUUUCUAGUGAUUCUGGUAAGUUGCCCAAGACCCAUCCUGACUGGCCUCAACGAUCUCCAAAAUGUCAGUUUCCUUCACUGAAGCAAAUUUGAUGAUUCCAGUGACUUAAAUCCCCCCAACCUUAUGUAAUUAAACUUUGAGAAGACAAUUUUAAAGGACUAAAAAGAGACCCUUUUAAUUCUUGAGUUCUGUACACACAAGUUCUUUAUGACUUUUGAAUUUAAUUUCCAUUCUUAAAAACUGGUAAAAUAUUUUCAAAUACAAAGAGCACUGUCAGGUUGUUUUGGGGCUUGAUGAAGAACACAAGGUCUAGACCUUUCCACCACCAGCCCCCCCCCAAAAAGAUUGCCUUUUAACUAGAGAUGUUUAGAAGUAAUGGCCUUCAGUUCUAUACCCUGUUUCUCCAAAGACAUAGUAUUAGACUUGCUUGCCUGUCAACGGGGGCCUUCCUUGCUCAGCGACUCUAAAUAGGUGGGCUCUUCAUUUGGGUUAAGUCAGUGCCAUUGCCAGUAAUAUACAUGGCCAUUGACAGUCUUUCAAGAGGUUCAGAUUCUUGGCCAAAUAGACUCUGUAAAGAUUCCUGAGUUUACCUUUGCAUGCAGAUGUGAUUACUGUAUUGUAGGUACCAGUUCCUGAAAGUCCCAUUUCUAUAAGAAAAAUGAUGCAGCUAAAGGGAAAGGUUUUCCUCAUGUCCUAUGGAACUCUUGCCUUGAUUUCUAAGGUUGCAUUCUUGGGUGGAAAGCUUAGCAAGGCAGUAGUUUCCAGAUACCCUUUAUAACCACUCUGCUUGUUAUAUGCAAAAAUGUUCAUAUUUGUAUAGUGUAUAUUUUUUUUUUGUUGAGCACUUUACGCUUUUUAGUCUUGCAUUUGAGAAAAUAUAGUUCAGAAAUCCUUUCUUAUUUAAAGCCAUGUAAAAACCGUUUAAAGGAUAAUAACCAGAAAAAAUGAGUGUGCAUUAUUUUGCAUUUAACUCACUGUUUUGUGGUAUAUAUAAGCAAAAUAUUAGAAAUAUAUUGCCUUUUUGUAAUACUCUGACCUUAUUUAAGAUGAUUUGCCAGGAAAUGUCACUGAUGUCCUAUUUUCCUAAUGAGUUUAUUAAAUGUGGGUUUUAUUCUAAUACUGAAGGAAUUCAGCUAACUUUGUCAUCAGAUAACCUCAGAAAAUAAUGCGCUUUAUCUGUAUUACUGUCUGUUUUCCAUAUUUGAGACAGUAGUGGUCUUAUAUUUUCUACUGAGCCUAGUAAUUAAGACCAAAAGAAGUAAUUUUUUUCUUCCUUUAAGGUAUUUUUAAUAGCCUAAUAAAAAUGAUGGUGGUAUAAAAAGUAAAUCACCCCAGCUUUUUGACCAUAUCUAAAAUUCUGAGUAAUUGCCACUUAAAAGUCUUCUCAAAACAGUCUCUAUUGCUUUGUUACGCUUGUGUAUUCAGUGGAUGUGGGAUCGUAACUUGAUAUUAUAUUAGAAAUAGUGCCAGCCACUGGUCUAAAUUCUUUGAAUGUUAUUUCAUUGUAAAAUGAGGGAAUUGAUUUGUUACAAUGGGAAAAAACUCAAUUAUCAUCAGGAUCCUGAAAAAAAGUUAGUUGCUCCAUUCAUGGCAGCAUUUGGAAAGACUGAAAUGAUUUGUUCAGUUAUGUUGUGUCCUGUUUUGGAGUUAAUUUGAUUUGUAUAUGUUGUUAGAGGCACUAGAUUCUGGAUUCUCACCAAGCCAGUAGAGUGGUAUUAGUUACUCUCUCAUAAGAUUAUGUUCUUGUCUGUAAUAGUCUAGUAGAUAAAGUAUUAUGAGGGGUUUUAUAUAUAUUAUUAAAGUGGGUGUAUGUGUGCACGCAUUGUUGCACACUUUAAUCUGUGGGAGUAUCUGGAAUUUUUAUUGUGUUAACUUUAAAUUAUGUGGACAUUAUUACAGCUUUUCCAUUGUACAAAAAGAAACCUCCCGCUAGAUUCAUGAAUGUUUGAAUAUUAGAUAUAUUUGGGAUUUUUAGUGGCCCUUUUCUUUAAGCUGUUUCUUUCUGGUCAUUAUGAGUAGGAACAGAUGCGGGAUAAACCCCCUCUAGGAAUUACUUACUGCUUUUGUCAAACACAUUUUAUAGCGAAAUUUGUAAAACAAUUUUAAUUACCUCCAAGUGAGUUGAAAUAUCAUGUGUUCUAGCCAUUUACAUCAAAUAUGAAGACCCAGAAUGCUUUUAUCCUUAAAAUUGUCUGAGAAUAAUCAGACUGUACAUGGUUCUGACAUUCCCAGCUUAUUAUUUAAAAUAAAUAUAGCAGUGAGUUGAUACUGGGACUUCCAAGUACUAAAUAGUUGUGCCGAAUGAUGUGUGUGAGGGGAAAUAAUUUUUUUUCCGUAAGAAAAAAAAUUUAGAAAUCUUUAUAGUCUGGCUCUUGGAGUUGUUAAGAGAUUAUUUUUCUUUUAAAUUUUCAGUCAUUUUGCUGCAGCUGCCACUAAUUUUGUGUUUAAAAGAACUAAUGAGGAAUAUAUUUUUCAAAGGAGUAAAUGAAGUUAAUAUGCAACUGAAUUUCUAAGAUAUUGCUGACUUUUUUGCUAUUAACAUCUUGCAUUCAUUGCAUUGCUUACAGUUUCAGUAGCUUUCAAAGAAAACAUUGGAGCUUUUACAUUAAUUUGUAAAGUAUACAUAAGUAAUGCAAAUAGUUUGAAAUUAUUUUAGCUAUACGUUGUAUCUCUGAAUCAUGGACAUCAUACCUGGCGUAACCAGUAAUUGCAGAUACUAAGCCAUUUUUAAAUUUAUAAUUUUUUUCUGAGAUGCCCUUUUUAGUUUGCAAUGUUUAGAAACAAAAGGUAACUUUAUACACCUAACAUCAAUAUCUUAAGUCUCUUUGUCCCGUAUAUAAUUAAUGGAAUUAGGAUGUAAGUCCUAUUAAGAUGGUUUUAUUGUAUUUUUAUAUAUUGUAUGCUUUCCCUUUUUAUUUGAACUACAUUGAGACUGAAUUUUUGACUGAAGUUGAAUGGCAUUUGUCUUAAUCUGCCCAGUUAUUGACCAAAUCAUAUCUAGAUGUUUGUAUGUUUUAAUUUUACUUAUCCGAGCCAUUUCGGUUUGUUGCCUUAUUCUAUCUGUUGCAUUGUUCUUGUCACGUCUAAGCUUUGUCAUGUUGGAAUUCUUUUAACACUGAAUCUGUGAUGUAAAAAUGUAUGAUGUACUACAAAUUUUAUUCAUAAUUAACUUAUAGCCUAUUGUAACCUAUAAAACAUUUCUUGUAAAUUGUCCAGUUUAUUUUUUGAUUUAUGUAUUUUCUUAUGUAAAUUUUUAAAACACUUGUUGUGGCCUGUUCUAUAAACAUUCCUGUGCUCUUCUUAAUGCUUAUUUGCAUGAAAGAAACUUAGGUUUUGCUUGUUUAUAUUGGAUGGCCAUUAAGCCACCUUCGGUACUCUCUGCCUUCUUUCCUGUAGUUUAACUUUUUCUAGUUUUAUUCAUAUUCUAAAUAAAUGUUAAAAUCAUUCUUUUUAUUUCCUACUUUCCAAAUAAAUUCUCUAAGUUGUUUAA